UACUAUCUGACAUUUAAAAAUGUAUUGGUAGGAAAUUGAAUUAUUCGUCGGUCACCCCUGCGCGCAGCUGGCCACAUUUUGCUGUCUCCGAUUUCAGCAACAGAACUUCAGCAAUGUGGGUGCCGAACAUGCCAAUUGUGAUCGUGUCGACGGUGGCGGCCACGGCAGGAGGUCUCUGCUUGUUCAAAGACUUCUAUGGCGGACCUCCUUAUGAUAAGAAUGUGAAGGCUGAAGGCAAGGUCGUCAUCGUGACAGGGGCCACCAGCGGCAUCGGCAGAGAGGCUGCCUGGGACUUCGCUAGACGAGGCGCUAAGGUAUUCAUGGCAUGUCGUAACAUGGAGACGUGCGAGGAGGUGCGGCGCGAUAUCGUGCUGGAAUCCAGCAACAAGUUCGUGUACUGCCGGCCCUGUGACAUGGCCAGCACUGAGUCCAUCAGGAAGUUCGUUGAACGGUUCAAGUCUGAGGAGCCCCAGUUGCACGUGUUGGUGAACAACGCGGGCGUGAUGGAGCCGCCGGCCAGCGUGACACGGGACGGCUUCGAGACACAGUUCGGAGUCAACCAUCUCGGACACUUCCUGCUCACCAACCUUCUACUGGACACACUCAAGGAGUCAGCUCCAAGCCGAGUGAUCACAGUGACAGGCAGUGUCCACCAACGCGGACAGAUCAACAAGGACGAUCUCAACUUCACAAAGAAGUACGACGCGCCGGCUGCGUACGCGCAGAGCAAGCUCGCCAACCUACUGUUUGUUAGAGAACUUGGCAGGAGGCUGUUGGGUACAGGAGUGUCAGUAGUGGCGGUGGAUCCAGGCCUGACAGACACCAACAUAACGCGCCACAUGUCGGUGAUGAAGAGCGUCUCCCGCUUCGUGGUAUACCCAAUGUUCUGGCCCUUUAUGAAGUCCUCCAAGAUCGGCAGUCAGGUCAUCGUCCACGCCGCCCUAGAUCCGGCACUCAGUGACUGUUCAGGGGAUUAUUAUGUUGACAUGAAGAAGAAGGAGCCUUCAAAGUUAGCGCAAGACUAUGAGCUGGCGAGCUGGUUGUGGAAGGUGAGCGAGAAGUGGACCAAACUCGACCAACACAAAGCUACGCUUGCGCAAGCGAAAGCUGCGUGAUACGUCAUACAUAAAUCUCGAAUAAUACAAUUAAUAAUUCAAUUCUCAAAUGUCAGCUUACAUCUCAACUUCGGGUGACUCUUUAAACGCUGGUUGUUCCAACGCCAGAUAACUUUAUUAUCGAAAGAAUUACUUUGAAUUUCUGACAGUUAUUCUGAUUCUUGGAAAUGUAUCUAAUGAUUGUAAAACUUGAGAAUAUUUAACGAGAAAACUUAAACAGUGUCGUUGUUAUAUAGCAACUACGCUAAUAAUGUGUAUGAUUAUAAGUUACUGUAAUUAUAAGAAUUCUUUGUUGACCAAAUUAUCGUAAAUUUUACUAUAUUUUUAAAGAGCACCGCUAAAACAAGUUGUAAUGAUAGUGAGACACACAGACAGACAUAAUGACAAAGACUUGCUGUAUUACUAUUAGAUGUAUGGAGUGAAUGAAACUGUAAAAGCAUUUAAUAUGUUAUUUAGUUUUUAGUUCUAUUGUUAAUAAAUUGUAGAAAUA